AUGAGGGACGCCCUCGAGUACGAGGGCCGAACUCAGGCAGCCCCAUCCAAAGACACCGCUGCCCUCUCGCUCGAGAGCAUUGCGUCUCGGAUGCGUGUGAGCGCGAUUUGUGAGAAUACCAACCCCCUUCUCUCUUUCCCCAUGAUCGUAUCUCAGAUGGGUCAUGGUGGACCCUUUGCAGCGAGCAACAGCCGCCUCAUUUGCAAAACUCCAGAGCCCGCUGCAACUCCAGAGCAAGCUGAUUCUGCUCCGUUGGCCGAGCCUCCAUUUACUCCACAGAGGCAAUCUGGGAGCGUGAGCUCCCGUGAUGAGGAUGAGCCCCCACGCUCACUCAAGAGGAAACGCCAACCUCCUGCCCUGUCGACACCAUCUAGCUCAGCUAGAACCUCCACCGCUCAUUCGCCAGACUCGAUGCCCAUGACUCCUGGCUCUCCGAGCGUGACUCGGAAGAUUAGAUCCCUGAGACUGGACAGUCCUGUCAAUGGGGAGAACCUUGAGUCUCCGAGUCGUCCUCGACUGCGUUCUGAGGCCAGGAAGCUCAAUGCCACAAAGGAAAAGGUCCAUGAUGACUCCCACGCCUUACAAGCUGAGCUGAAUAGCAUGCGAACUCAGCUCGAAAAAGAGAAGCGUGACGACUUGAAGCUCAAGACUGAUGCCAGCAAGGGUAAAGGUGGAAUGAACGUACUACGAGCGGAAAUAAAUGCCUUGCGGUCCGAGCUUGAAAGAGAGAAACAUGGCAAUUCUGAACUGAGGGACCAGCUGGUCUCUCUGCGUGCCGACUUGGACCUGAUGCGGUAUGAUUUUGAAGGGGGCGUGGGAGGGGACAAAAGCAUCACACCUGAGACUCGACGAGAUUUGGAAAAUGUUAUGAACAUGAAUAACAUGCUCCGACGGGUCAUUCAGGGCGAGCGAAUUCACAGGGAGGAGAUGCACGGCAAGCUUCAUUCUCUCCGCUCGAAGGUUGGCCCGUUAAUGGCCAAGGUGGAAACUCUACAGGGGACUGUGGAUCAAAUCCAGGCCCAUUUCAGUGCCCAUGAUGCUCCAAUCGAGCUUAUCAUGGACUUCGUCAGGAAUUUCUACCAGUGGUGGGAGAAGCGUUACAAUGCACGCAACGGGGGUAAUGGCUCGGAAGACAAUGAUGGAACGCAGGCGGCGAGUGCGUGA